AUGAGCAGAAGGCUACUGUUUAGCAUUUUCGUGUUUUUUGGAAGCGCACUAGCCCAAACUCCUUCAACUCUUUGUCCUAAAGUAGAUGGGGCACAAUGGACAUUCGAUCAUGAAUCUACAACAUGCUGGCUCUUAGGAGACCGAAUGCUCAACUUCAAUCAAUCGCAAGCAUACUGCCAGGCGAAUGGAGGAAAUUUGGCUUCCAUAACGAAUUUGGAUGAUUUCAAUAUAGCUACAAGUUAUUCUCAACCUCAUCUCCUCCCGCCAUGGACUGGAGUCUAUUAUAGCAAUCUCUUCUGGAGGAAUUUAGAUGGAUCAAGCACCGUGAAAUUUUAUUGGCAAAGAGGAGAACCAACAAUGUAUGGAGAUUGCGCUGUUUUCCGAGCUCCAGGAGAUAAUAACUCCGGAUUAGCGAGCGUUCCGUGUAACAACUUACAAUACCCCUUGUGCAAAUUCGUUCCUACUAUAUGUCCUUCGACAACGAUGUUGGGUGGUGUCAAUGGAACAUUCACAAGUCCCAAUUUUCCAAAUGGUUAUUAUAAUAAUUUGAAUUGUCGUUGGUUAAUUAGAGCCCCGACAAACAAAUCUUUCAUUUCCAUUACUUUCGAUCCGUAUCAGGUUGAUACACCAGACGAUUAUGUUGCAAUCUAUGAAGGAGAUACUAUAAGUUCAUCUAAACGAAUUGAUAUUUUCAAUGAUCCCAGUAAUCAAAAGAAUGUUUUCGAAAGUGAAGGCCCCAUUAUGACCGUUUUAUUCCAUUCUGAUUCUGACACGACAGAUGUAGGAUUCUCCGCUAAAUACCAAGCCAUACCAGACUAUCCAGAUAUAAUUCAAAAUGGAACUAGUGGCAACAUGAGUUCACCUAACUAUCCGAAAGAAUACAAUAACUUAGUGGAUCAGUCUUAUCAUAUGAAUGGUCCCUCCGGCACUAAAAUAGUGGCCACCUUCAAUGUCUUCUUCACGGAGUAUGAGUAUGAUGUCCUCUACAUAUACGACGGUCCUAUAAUCGAUGAACAGUACUUAAUGUUAAAUAUUUCGGGCUUACCGAAAAUGCCUCAAAGUUUUGAGUCGACAAAGUCAUCGAUGUCGAUGGUCUUCAUGACGGAUAGCUCAUAUACGGAGCAAGGAUGGCAAAUGAAUUGGAAAGCGGUUCAAAUAGUUUAA